UCACCAUCACCGCAGCCACGACCCUGCACCCACGGCCGCGUCGUCGUCCAGCGCCAAGCUGCCACCUCCAUUGCACAAGCCACAGGCCGUGCGCGCCCCGCCGAUGAGCUACGGACGCUCUGGCAGUCCCGCGCAAGCCUCGCCGACCCCUUCGGGCGUCCGCUCGUCCCCUGCCGCGCACCCUGCGGGCAAGACCGCCAGCCACACGACGAGUGCUGUUGUUGCUGCUGCUGCUGCUGGCGCUGCUGCUGCGGGGGAAGCCGAGCAGCAGAGCGCCCGCCCAACUGGUCAAGCGGUACCGCUCGGCAUCAGUCCUCUGCCAAAGAUCCGUGGCACGACAAGCGCAAGCCCAUUCCCCGCUUUGUCGAAAAUUGCACCUGCCCAUUUCGCAGGACAAGCAGCUCAUGGAUUGCAUGGAGCGCGACCGUCAGUGCAGUUUUCAUCCCCUCAGCCGGCGCUUCGCAAGCCGUUGUUGCCUCAAACCUUGCUCGCACGAUCUGCCAGCAGCUUCCCACUUCAUGUGCAUCAUGCGAAUGCAGCAGAAGCAGUAGUGUCCAGCGCGCCUGUCUCCUCGGCUGGCUCGACCGACGCCUCCGCGGCCGAUUCCCAACCACCCGCGGCUGCUGCAGUUGAUCCAGCGCCGGUUACUCCCCGGAAACGCGCUGGCAAUUCAGCCAGCGAGACACUUGGCAACGAUACUGCGGCGAAUGAACCUUCUCCGGCACGAUCAUCGAAAAAGCCUCGCUUGACCAGCGAGACCGACCCUUCAUCGACCGAUGCGACUCCAAUGGAGGUUGAGCAGGCAACCCCGCGCCAUUCACACAAGAAGAAGCCCGUCAAGUCAACGGCAAGCGAGACCACGCCUGUCUCCGCUGCCGAUGCCCCUUCGUCGGUGAACCAACCAAGCGAAGAUACCACAGAUGACUCGACCACGCCGCCUCGAACUUCGGCUCGCUUGGCUGUCACGCCAGCAGCUUCUUCCACGCCAGCAGCUUCUUCCACGCCAGCAGCUUCUUCCACGCCAUCCAGUGUUCGAAAGGCUGCACCUGCUACCAGCUCCUCGAGUGCAAAGGCAACAGCCUCAAGCAACGGGUCUGGCGUAAAGUCCGUGACAAAAGCUUCCCGUGCCAUCCCCCAUGCCACGACGACCAAAGACGCGGCGGCGCCUGCCACCCCGCAAGCAUCGAAAGCGCACGCCGAUCCGGCCGUCGCUCGAGCAACGGCAACAACAUUGACUUCAAGCUCUGCUGCAUCGAGUGACACUCCGAGCAGGGCUGCGAAAGUGCUGACGCCGUUGGCGCUGCUCCAACCGGAGGCACUUCCGCGAACAAGCAGUGGUCGAUCGGUCAAGCCGCCAAUGGCCUACUGGGCAAAUCAGCGACAAAUCACCGACACUGAGGGAAACUUCAAAGCCUUCCUCCCCGGCUCGAUUGACCACACGACUUACGACUUUCAGCUCUUGUUUGCCACUCCCAAGAGGAAAAAGAAAGGGCCAAAGCCCGAAGCGGCAGCUGCUUUGUCGUCGAGCUUGCCCGGAACCCCGAGCAAAGCUGGAACGGACAAGAGCAAAGUCCGCAAGAACAAGUCGAAAUCUGCCAGCCCAGUCAAAUUGAGCAAAUCCAGCAGCCUCCCAACCACGCCGACAAAGAAAAAGCCUUGGACGGCAAGCGAACUGGCCGCGCUGAAAAAGGCUGUGGCGGCAGUCGUUCCAACGCGACCCCGGUAUUGGCUCCACAUUGCGAAGCGCGUGAAAUCGCGGACAGCGGAUGAAUGCCUGGCCCAAAUGACCUCCAGCACGGGCGUCCACAAGCCUGCAAAAAGAAGCUCGCUGCCACCAAGAAGGCCGCUGCCGACAAGAAGGCAUCCACGUCAUCCAGCAGUGAAGCAGCAGCAGGCGUUCUCGAACUCACCGCUCGUAAGGGCUCGUUGUUGCGCAAAAAGCAAGUUCGCCAUUUGCUUGACCACGUCAACAAAAAUCAUCAGGACGAUGCCUUUGAAUCGUCGCCCUUGCGGAAGGCCAAAGCCACACUCUCGCUCAAGCAGGAUGCAAUUGCGAAGGCCGUCACUGCCUCGGUCCCUCCGGAUGCUGACGACGACGACUUUGCGGCGUCUUCCCGCCCCAGCCGGCGUGCCGACAUGCGCACUCCUUCAACACACCGUCAGUCGAGUGCCAGUCUGGCUCGCACGCCGGUUGCAGGAUCGCCCUCCACCAUGGGCGUCAGUCCAGGGAUGCUUCGACCGGUGGAUCGCGAUAUGGCCGAGAGCUACGUCCGUCAAACCCAAGUCCAAGACAAACGUAACCGAGCUUCUGCCUCGACACCGACGACAAAGCGGACCACGGGCGGGCGUCCCCAGACCAAGUCGCCCCCGCUCACCCCGAGCACGGCUGCUGCGAAGCUUGGUGCAGCCCUCACCAAGCACAAAGGCAAGGACCAACAUUCUGACCACGAAAGUGGUGAAGAGCGGGACUACUACUGGAGUGAUGAGGAUGAGCGAUGAUGAAUAGCGUCGUGUUUUGUGUUUUCGCUAUCGUUGGGUAUGGGUUGUGACUGCUUGAAUCAAUAAUUGAGAUAGAUAUCAAC